AAACAUUUCCGACGUAGCCUCCAGGCCUUGUCUCAUCAAUGGACCCACCGGAGAUAUCCUCACGUACGCUGAAGUCGAGCUCAUAUCGCGUAAAAUUGCUUCGGGUCUCAACAAGCUCGGAAUUCAACAGGGUGAGGUCAUCAUGCUCUUGCUCCCAAACUCGCCGGAGUUCGUGCUUUCUUUCUUAGGCGCUUCCUAUCGCGGCGCCGUCGCCACCGCCGCCAACCCUUUCUUCACGCCGGCCGAGAUUGGAAAACAAGUCAAAGCCUCCGGCGCCAAGCUGGUAAUCACCCAGGCUUGUUACGUCGAUAAAGUUAAGGAAUUUGAAGCGAAUGAUGUUAAAAUCAUGUGCAUCGACUCAGCUCCAGACGGGUGUCUAUCUUUCUCCGAGCUAGCUCAAGCCGACGAGAACGAGUUGCCCGACGUGGAGAUCAAACCAGACGACGUCGUAGCACUGCCUUACUCGUCUGGAACAACUGGGUUACCAAAGGGCGUGAUGUUAACCCACAAAGGGUUGGUGACGAGUGUGGCUCAGCAGGUAGACGGAGACAAUCCAAAUCUGUAUUACAACAGCGAAGAUGUGAUACUCUGCGUUUUGCCCAUGUUUCAUAUUUACGCAUUGAAUUCAAUUAUGCUGUGCGGGUUACGGGUCGGGGCUUCGAUUCUGAUAAUGCCCAAGUUCGAGAUCGGAACGUUGUUGGGGUUGAUUGAGAAAUACAGAGUGACGGUCAUGCCGGCGGUGCCACCCAUAGUUUUGGCAAUUGCAAAGUCGCCGGAAACAGAGAAGUAUGAUUUGACGUCCGUUAGGUUGAUGAAGUCCGGUGCGGCACCGUUGGGGAAGGAGCUUGAAGAUGCUGUAAGAGCUAAGUUUCCUAACGCCAGACUUGGUCAGGGGUAUGGGAUGACGGAAGCAGGGCCAGUGCUGGCGAUGGGGUUAGGAUUUGCGAAAGAACCUUUUGAAGUAAAAUCAGGAGCUUGUGGAACUGUUGUGAGAAAUGCAGAGAUGAAGAUCGUUGACCCAGAAACCGGUUCUUCCCUACCCCGGAAUCAAGCCGGAGAGAUUUGCAUCAGGGGAGAUCAGAUCAUGAAGGGUUACUUGAACGACUCAGAAGCAACUGCAAGAACCAUAGACAAAGAAGGAUGGUUGCACACAGGAGACAUCGGAUAUAUCGACGACGACGAGGAGUUGUUCAUCGUAGAUCGACUAAAAGAGUUGAUCAAAUACAAAGGCUUUCAAGUUGCUCCUGCUGAAUUAGAAGCAAUGCUGAUUGCUCAUUCUGAUAUUUCAGAUGCUGCUGUUGUUGGGAUGAAAGAUGAUGCAGCAGGAGAAGUCCCAGUUGCAUUUGUGGUGAAGUCUAAAGAUUCCCAAUUAUCCGAAGAUGAUAUCAAGAAGUAUAUUUCUAAACAGGUGGUGUUUUAUAAGAGAGUAAGCCGUGUAUUUUUCGUGGAGUCAAUUCCGAAAGCUCCAUCAGGGAAGAUACUGAGGAAGGAACUGAGAGCACGACUGGCUGCUGAAUCUUCUUAAUCACAAUUAAACCACCUAAUCCAUUUUUAAUGGUGGAGUUAUGUGUUUUUUUUUUUUUUUUCUGUUUUUUUUGUAAAGGUGACGAACGUCAUAAAAGAGUUUGUGGUGUUCACAAACUUUUUCUUUUUUAGAAAAAAAAAAAAAUUUAUAUACCAAU